AUGGCGCUGACAUCGUGGAAAGCGUUCCGCUUCUUCGAUGUCUCCCAUGUUCGCCUGCCGCAAGGAGACGGCACGAUUUCGUUGGACCAAGGGUCAGUGAGCUGUAUAGUUGCUGGUUCAAAUAACGUCAUUGUGGGCACGCCAGAAGGGACAGUCCAUUUGCUAGACCAUAGCUUCAAGCCGUCGCGAUCAUGGAAGGCUCAUGAGGCUGGUAGUGUGACUCACGUGAAGCAUGUUCAUGCCACGACAUACCUUCUGACGCUGUCCGAAACCCUGUCUCAUGAGCCCGAGCUGAAGGUCUGGACUCUGGACCAGACGGAGAAGAAGACCGGGUACCCUAAGUGCCUGUCUACGCUGACGGUGCAAAAUGGGCGGAAGAACUUCCCAGUCACCGGCUUCGCUGUGACUCAUGACCUAGCCCAGCUGGCUGUUGGCUUUGCAAACGGUGCCGUGACGGUGGUUCGAGGCGAUUUUAUUCACGAUCGAGGAACCAAGCAGCGGACCGUGUUCGAAACCGAGGAGCCGAUCACCGGACUCGAGUUUCGUGAAGCCAAUGCCACCGCUUUGUACAUUGCAACAACUUCGCACAUUCGAGCACUCGCUAUCACUGGCAAGGGUCAAGGUACACCGGCCCGUACCCUAGACGAGCACGGCUGUGCUGUUGGCUGCAUGACCCUCGAUCCGCAGUCUAAUGAGAUUGUUGUCGCGCGAGACGAUGCUAUCUACACAUACGGACCGCGCGGCAAGGCAGCAUCCUAUGCAUAUGAAGGCGCAAAGAAGUUGGUCAGCAUCUGCAAGGAUUAUGUCCUGAUCGUUUCGCCACCAAAGAACAACUCUGCCACUUCGACCGCAUUGCGCGCAUUUGGCGGCAGUCAGGCUGAGGGCAUCUUCAAUUCCACCAGCUUCACCGUCCUGAACACUGAUCUGAAAUUCAUCGCGCAUUCGGAGGCGUUGUCAAGUCAGGUCAACAACGUUCUCAGUAUCUGGGGCGACAUUUUUCUACUAAUGAUUGAUGGUAAGCUGUACAGGUAUCAUGAAAAGACAUUCCAGCAAAAGCUCGAGAUCCUGUAUCAGCGCAACCUCUACGUGCUCGCUAUCAGCUUGGCGCAGAAGUACAAAGUCGAUGCUGUGCAGCAGAACGUUAUCUUCCGUCGUUAUGGCGACUACUUGUACCAGAAGAAAGACUAUGAUACUGCCAUGCAGCAGUACCUGCGCGCCAUCGACAACACCGAGCCGUCGCAGAUCAUCCGCAAGUUUCUCGAUAAUCAGCAUCUGCGCAACCUGAUAGAGUACCUUGAGGCGCUGCACGAAGAAGGCAAGGCAACUUCAGACCACACAACCCUACUGUUGAACUGCUAUGCCAAGCUCAAAGAUGUGGAUAAGCUCGAAGCUUUCAUCAAGCAGCCGGGUGAGCUCAGGUUUGAUCUAGACACUGCAAUUGUGAUGUGCAGACAAGGCGGCUACUACGACCAAGCCGCUUUUCUUGCCAGACGGCACAAUGAGCAUGGACUGGUCAUUGAUAUUCUCAUCGAGGAUCUGAAGAAGUAUGCGGAAGCAAUGGCAUACAUUGUACGCUUGGACCCGAAGGAUGCAUAUCCGAACUUCAUGAAAUAUGGAACGGUUCUCCUUGAGCAUUGUCCAAUCGAGGCUACGCAGUUGUUCAUCGACUACUUUACUGGGCACUAUAGACCGAAGAAGGACGCUGUCAUAGUGCAGGAAACCCCGGCCCAGCAGGAAACCGUCGGCUUCAGCACGGUGGCAAGAUCGGCUGUGCAGAACCUGGCGGCCUUGAUACCGUUACCGGGCAUGAGCACUACUUCCCUUCCCUCCACAAAUGGCCAAGCAACGACCGUGAAUAAAACGCAGGUGGUCGAGACCACUACACCCGGCGAAUUCAUUGCUUACGACGUGCCGAAGCCGCGGACUGCCUUCUCCGCGUUCGUAGAUCAUCCUGAGCAGUUUGUCGACUUCCUUGAAGCGCUGAUUGCAAGCGAAGACAUCAAAGAUGGACAGAAGAAUGACCUCUAUACCACACUGUUCGAAAUCUAUCUGCACAAGGCAAAUCAGUCCCGGGCAGAAGACAAGACGGAAUGGGAACGGAAGGCCCGGCAACUCAUUGAAUCUAAGAAUGUACCGAUCGACACGUCGAACAUCCUACUUCUGUCCGAUCUUGAAAAGUUCAGAGACGGCACGGUGCUGGUGAGCGAGCGUCAGGGUUUGCGCUUCGAUGUCUUCCGCUCCUAUACUACGGCACGUGACACAAGAGGCGCGAUCAAGGCUCUACACAAGUACGGGCCGGAGGAGCCACAGCUAUAUCCUGCUGCGCUCUCUUACUUCACCAGCUCGCCCAAGAUCUUAGAGGAAGCGGGCGAUGAGGUCAGCGCGGUGCUUGAGAAGAUUGAAGAAGAUGGGCUGAUGGCACCGCUGCAAGUGGUUCAGACACUCAGUCUCAACGCCGUGGCCACGAUGGGGUUGGUAAAGAAGUAUCUAUCGUCCACGGUGGAAAAGGAACGGGCAGAGAUUGCAGCCAACCGCCGCUUGAUUAACUCCUAUCGAACAGACACGGCACAAAAGCUGCAGGAUAUCGAUGAGCUUGCCACCAAGCCAACGUCUUUCAGCGCGACAAGAUGCUCGACGUGCGGCAUGACGCUCGAUCUCCCGACUGUGCACUUCCUUUGCAAGCACAGCUUCCAUCAGCGCUGCUUGAACAUCGCAGACGGUCGUGAGGCCGAAGAGAUUGAAUGUCCCAUCUGCGCACCACAAAACCAGACUGUGAGACAGAUCAAACGGGCGCAAGAAGAGAGUGCCGCCAAGAACGACUUAUUCCUCGAUGCGAUGCAAAGGAGCACCGGCAAGUUUAGCACAAUCAGUGACUGGUUUGGCAGAGGGGUUAUGAGCACCCCGCCCGCUACUGCUACAGCUGAAUAG